ACGCCAAUGUGACGUGUCCGUCUCUCCAUCAUACGCAAUCAUACGGAUAGUUUGACAGCUCGAAGGGAGUACAAGACAGAACUAGGUUAACAGAUUUCUAAGAAUUCUGCCCUAUAUGCGACACCGAGUGCGCGUUCGACGUCUCCCAGGGAUCACAGUGGCGUUUACGAGUCACGUAACUUGACUGGCCUCCGGUUCCCGAUUGAGUACGAGUACCUGGGUAUCGCGUGCGAGGUUAGGUUCCUCGACAGGCCCGCCAAGAUGAGCCUACGCGACCGUCAAAUAAAUGCCCUGAAGCAAAUGCUGAAUCUGAAUCUGCCUGAGCCGGGGCUCGAAAGCGCGGUGCCCACGUGGAAGAUCCUCGUUUACGAUCGCCUUGGCCAGGAUAUCAUAUCGCCGUUAAUCUCCGUCAAGGAGCUGCGCGAGCUUGGCAUCACUUUACACAUGCAGCUGCAUUCGGACCGUGACUCCAUCCCCGAGGUACCGGCGAUCUACUUCUGUGCGCCCACGGACGAGAAUCUUGGCAGGAUCGGCCAGGAUCUGCAGAACGGCUUGUAUGAUAUCUAUCAUCUGAAUUUCAUUUCACCAAUUAGCCGACAGAGAAUGGAAGACCUGGCGACUGCGGCGUUGCUCGGCGGCGUCGUCGCCAGCAUUCACAAGGUGUUCGAUCAGUACUUGAACUUCAUCACCCUGGAGGAUGAUCUGUUUGUCCUGCGACAUCAGAACAGCGAUGCGAUAUCCUACCAUGCGAUCAAUCGUGGUGACGUCAAAGACAGCGAAAUGGAAUCUGUGAUGGAUAUUAUUGUAGACUGUUUGUUUUCAGUGUUUGUCACUUUGGGCACUGUGCCGAUCAUAAGGUGUCCCAGGGGUAAUGCUGCCGAGAUGGUUGCCAAGAUGAUCGACAAGAAACUGCGAGAGAACGUAUGGGAUGCUAGGAACAACCUGUUCGAGGGUGAAGCAUCUGCGACCGGCCAUUACAGUUUCCAGAGGCCUCUGCUCAUCGUGCUGGACCGUAACGUCGACAUGGCUACCCCGCUGCAUCACACGUGGAUGUACCAGGCACUGGCACAUGAUGUUCUGGAGAUGGCGUUGAAUAGGCUUGUUGUAGAGGAGAAUGUAGGACGAUCUCCCGCUGGCGGGACACGCUCCAAGACACGCGCUUACGAGCUGGACAACCGGGAUCGCUUCUGGUGCCAGCACAAAGGCAGUCCAUUCCCCAGAGUGGCAGAGGCCAUACAGGAGGAGCUGGAGCAGUACCGUACUUUCGAGGAGGACGUGAAGAAGCUCAAAUUCUCUAUGGGCAUUGACAAUGAGAGCGAGGUAGCGUUGUCUAUGGUAUCCAAUAACACGGCGCGUUUAACGAACGCCGUGAAUUCGUUGCCGCAACUCCUGGAGAUGAAGCGGCUGAUCGAUAUGCACACUUCAGUGGCCACAGGUAUCUUGAAUGCUAUCAAGUCUAGACGACUCGAUACAUUCUUCGAGCUGGAGGAGAAAAUUAUGAGCAAGCAAACGUUGGACCGGAGCGUAUUGGAAACCAUCGGCGAUCCAGACUGCGGCACUCCUGAAGACAAACUACGUCUUGCUAUUAUUUAUUUUAUUUGCACGAAUAUGUCCGACGCGGAUUACAAUAAAUUGGAGACGGCACUAACCGCAGCCGGCUGCGAUCUGAAUCCACUGAUAUACGUAAAGCGAUUACGCAAUUACACUAGGAUAGCCGAGAUCCAGAGUAGCUACGAAGGCGGCGGUACCAAGACGGUCAGUAUGUUCUCUAAGCUGAUGAAUCAAGGCUCGUCAUUCGUCAUGGAGGGCGUGAAGAAUCUGGUGGUAAAGAAGCACAAUCUGCCAGUCACCAAGAUAGUGGAUGAGCUGAUGGAAUCUAAGCAGUCCUCGCGUACCGAGGAUUACCUCUAUCUGGAUCCGAAGCAGCUCAAGCACACCGAACAGAUGCCGAAGAAUCGGCCGACGUUCCAGGACGUGAUAGUCUUCGUGGUUGGCGGCGGUAAUUACAUAGAGUACCAGAAUCUGGUGGACUAUGUGAAGCAACGAAGCGGAGCAGGGGUGAACAAACGAGUGAUCUACGGCUCCACGACCUUCAACAACGCUAAGCAAUUGCUCAAGCAACUUUCUCUGCUCGGUCAGGAAGUCCACUCGUGA